GCAACCAAAGGAUAUCAAUGGGACGAAGAAAUCUAUACAAAAAUCCCCCACGUUGUUUCAAUUCUUUCCACCCUUUUCUCUGUCAUCUCCAUGGCCGGCAGCGAGGCGGCGGCGCCGCUUCUGGAGCACACUAACAACCACAAUGGCGAGGUGGGAAAGCAGCCUGCACGGCUGAAGGGGAAGAAGAUCAGAGAGUUCGGAGAUGAAUCCAAGAAGCUAUGGACGAUUGCCGGGCCGGCCAUUUUCACCGUCAUUUGUCAGUACUCUUUGGGUGCUCUUACCCAGACCUUCGCCGGCCAAGUCGGCGAGCUUGAACUCGCCGCUGUUUCCGUCGAGAACUCCGUCGUCGCCGGCCUUGCUUAUGGGGUCAUGCUGGGAAUGGGAAGUGCAUUGGAGACAUUGUGUGGGCAAGCAUAUGGGGCAGGGAAGAUGAGUAUGUUGGGUAUAUACAUGCAAAGAUCAUGGGUUAUAUUGCUCACAACUGCCUGUUUUUUGGUUCCCAUUUAUGUCUUCUCUCCUCCAAUUCUCCACCUUAUUGGACAGACCCAAGAAAUCUCCAAAGCCGCCGGAAAAUUUUCGUUAUGGAUGAUACCACAACUAUUCGCAUAUGCCCUCAACUUCCCAGUCCAGAAAUUCCUGCAAUCCCAGAGGAAAGUUCUGGUAAUGGCAUGGAUUUCAGCAGCAGUGCUUCUGCUACACGCCUUCUUCAGCUGGCUGCUCAUAAUCAAGCUGAACUGGGGACUAGUAGGCGCAGCAGUCACCCUCAACUCUUCAUGGUGGCUCAUAGUCAUUCUGCAGAUCAUUUACAUCUUCGUCACCAAAUCCGAUGGCGCCUGGACCGGGUUCUCGUGGCAGGCGUUUCACGACUUGUUCGCCUUCAUCAAGCUCUCACUGGCAUCUGCAGUCAUGCUCUGCUUGGAGUUUUGGUACUUGAUGGUGAUCAUUGUGAUAGCGGGUCGAUUGGAGAACCCUUUGGUCCCGGUUGAUGCCCUUUCUAUCUGCAUGAACCUUCUAGGAUGGAGUGCAAUGAUUUCAAUUGGAUUUAAUGCAGCCAUAAGUGUGAGAGUGUCGAAUGAACUUGGAGCUGGGAAUCCAAGCAUAGCGAAAUUUGCAGUGCUGGUAGUUUCCAUUACAUCCGUGGCGAUUGGAGCUGUUGUUAUGGUCGUCGUGCUUGCAACGAAGAAUAUUUUCCCAUCCCUUUUCACCAACAGCGACGCUGUGGCUAAGGAAACUACAAAGCUCGCGGUUUUGCUGGCCUUGUCAUGUCUGUUGAACAGCCUCCAACCCGUCUUAUCUGGGGUUGCCGUUGGAGCUGGAUGGCAGUAUAUUGUAGCAUAUAUCAACAUUGGAUGUUACUACAUUGUGGGGUUGCCUGCUGGAAUUCUGUUGGGAUUUACAUUUGACUUUGGUGCAACGGGAAUCUGGGGUGGGAUGAUUGGAGGAGUGUGCUUGCAGACCAUCAUACUCAUAGUGAUUGUCUCAAUCACAGAUUGGAAUAAAGAGGCCAGUCUUGCAGAUGUUCGUGUUAAACGUUGGGGAGGGGCAAUUGCAAACAGUUAAAAGUGUCAUGAAAAUCACAGAAGACCAGAUUGCAGCUCAGUUUAGGUGUUAUGAACCAACUGCAGUCUAUAAAUUGUCUUUUUUUUUUUCUUUUUUUUGAAUUAUUAAUUUCUUGAUGGAGAAGAUCCGCACGGCAUUAGAUAUGAUCUGUUAAUUAGGGUCACUUUUGCAAUAAGUUAUCUAAUUUAAGAAAUCAUAAAUUAUAAUUUGAAUUUCUAAUAAGUGAUCAAAUUUUAGGAA